UCAGAGCUUGACCAACGAUCAUUACAAAAUGAGCGGAAGAGGAAAAACAGGUGGCAAGGCAAGAGCAAAGGCCAAGUCUCGUUCCUCCAGGGCUGGACUUCAGUUCCCCGUGGGCCGUGUGCACAGGCUAUUGCGUAAAGGCAACUAUGCCCAGCGCGUUGGCGCUGGUGCACCGGUUUACUUGGCUGCUGUGCUCGAGUACCUGACUGCUGAGAUCCUCGAGUUGGCCGGUAACGCUGCCCGUGACAACAAGAAGACUCGUAUUAUCCCCCGCCAUCUACAGUUGGCUGUGCGUAACGACGAGGAGUUGAACAAACUGCUCGGCGGAGUGACCAUCGCUCAGGGAGGUGUGCUGCCUAACAUCCAGGCUGUGCUGCUGCCCAAGAAGACUGAGAAGUCCAAAAAGGGGAAGGUUCUAUUGGUCACCAACAUGAGCGGAAGAGGCAAAACCGGUGGCAAGGCCAGAGCAAAGGCCAAGACUAGGUCAUCCAGGGCUGGGCUUCAGUUCCCCGUGGGCCGUGUGCACAGGCUGCUGCGUAAAGGCAACUAUGCCCAGCGUGUUGGCGCUGGUGCACCGGUGUACUUGGCUGCCGUGCUCGAGUACCUGACUGCUGAGAUUCUGGAGUUGGCCGGUAACGCUGCCCGUGACAACAAGAAGACUCGUAUCAUCCCCCGUCAUCUGCAGCUGGCUGUGCGCAAUGACGAGGAGUUGAACAAACUGCUUGGUGGAGUGACCAUCGCUCAGGGUGGUGUGCUGCCUAACAUCCAGGCAGUGCUGCUGCCCAAGAAGACCGAGAAGUCCAAGUAAACCAGCUCCCUCCAAGUCUCCGAAACAAAGGCUCUUUUAAGAGCCACCCAAAUGUCUAUAGAAACAAAUUCCAAGUUGACUUGACGUGGUGUGUGUGGUGUCAUAUUUAUACGCACGCACUAUUUA